UAUGUCUAUUAAACAACAAGCUUCAUCAUUCAUAUUACGCUACUGUCAGGAGAGGCUGCGGAUUGUCAGCCGGCUUUUGUUCAACAUAAACAGCUUUCGGUAUACGAAUUCUAACAACCUGGGACAGGAUCCAAAGUUGUACCUGCACUUUUUUGAAGGGAUAUCUACCUGUGUUCGUAAACCUUACUCCUAGUGACUGAAAUGUGCUGAAUAUUAAAUUCUUCGCUGAGAUUAGACAGUCUCUCUUCAAUUAAAAAAAAGAAAUAUAUAUUAUAUAUAUAUAUAUAUAUAUACAUAUACAUAUAUAUAUAUAUAUAUAUAUUAUAUAUAUAUAUAUAUUAUAUAUAUAUAUAAUAUAUAUAUAUAAUUUUUCUCCUUUCUUUCUUACACACUCCUUGCCUGGUAGUGUGGCCAUCCACCACAAUGUCAAGGACUGCUAUAGAUCUAAACUACAACCUGCUGGUACACUUGUUGCCAGCAGCGAGGUCCUUAAGGACUACAACUUUCUUACUUUUCACAAUAUUUGGAUUAAAUGUAUGGACAUUAGAUAUUUGUGAACCUCAUUUGACGUUAAAAGAUAUCAGGGAGUACCCGAGUGAAUCCAGCCCACAGCUUCAUUAUUUCCGUUACAUGACCAUAGAUAAGAAUUCACAUAGUUUAUUUGUUGGGGGAAUGAAUAAAGUAAUUAGAUUAAACCUAUCGGACAUUAACAGUGGUCAUGUGGAGACUUCAUUGAAUGCCAGUACCAAGUCUGCUAAGCGAUGUGUGUGGCAAGCAAAGAAAAAGAUGCCAGAUUGUCAAAAUCACAUUCGGUUAAUAGCACGGAAUGGAACUACUCUGUUGGUAUGUGGUACUGGUGCUUACCAACCAACUACUUAUCAUUUAGAUAUUGAUACCUUGGAACUAAAAAGUAGUGAACCUAGCCCAGGGUUGUGUGCCUUUGAUCCCUUCGAUAAUUCAACAGCCAUUUUAGUCCACAGUAAAACUUCUGAAGAAGACUUAGUAUCAAUUUAUUCAGGAACAUUUGCAGAUUUUUCAAAGGCAAGACCCCAAAUUUAUCGACCAAGUGUGUAUACUAAAGAUGGUAAAUUAGCAUAUGAUUAUUUGAAAACAGCUCCCUCUAGCUCUAAGUGGUUGAAUGAACCACAGUUUGUAGCUUCGUUCAAUACAAAAGACCAAGUUCUGUUUUUCUUGAGAGAGUUGGCUGUAGAAUAUGGCAACUGUGGGAAGAAAAUAUAUUCACGAGUUGCACGGGUUUGUAAGAAUGACCGAGGUGGGGAACGCCUUCUCAUUAAUGAAUGGUCAACAUAUUUAAAAGCGAGGAUAAACUGUUCUUUACCAGGGCAGUACCCAUAUUACUUUGAUGAAAUACAGGAUGUUUACACACAAGACAAUAAGAUAUUCUAUGGCUUAUUUACAACAAACAGAAAUGGUAUCACAGCCUCUGCAAUUUGUGCAUACCACUGGACCGACAUACAGAAAGUCUUUGAUGGCCCCUUUAAGGAUCAGAACACGGACACAUCUUACUGGUUACCAGUUGCCAAUAACCAAGUCCCUGCUAUUCGACCAGGAAAUUGCUCAAUCAACGACUCUCGUUCACUGCCUGACAAUGUUUUAACAUUCAUCAAAGACAAACCAUUGAUGCACAUGCUGUUGCAGCACAUGUACUCAACACCAAUAUUUCACAAGGCUGACGUCAUGCUCCAGAAACUGACCAUGGCGUUCAAUGUCUCUGGACGCAACGAUGUGGUUUUCUUUGCAGCCAGUAAUCAAGGCAAGGUUUACAAAAUCUUCCAACGACCAAUGGAACAUGCACGUGAUAAACCUUAUGCAGUAGUGUCUGCCGUGUAUUCACCAUUUUCAGAAACCCAGCCAAUAUGGAACAUGGUAAUGCAUAAAGACUACUUGUAUUUGAGUACAGAUUCCAAAGUAUUACAGGUGAAUGUCGAGACAUGUGAACAAUACAAGAAAGCAGAUGCUUGUAUUAAUGACCCCUACUGUGGAUGGGCUAGAAAUGACAAAUGUAUGCCUUACAAUCAAGGUUCCUCUCAUCACAGAUUGAGGACAUUCAAAGAUGUUCCAGCAAAUAUGCCUUUUAAAGAAGCUAUGGCCCAUGUUAUAGAAGAGCCAUUAUAUGAAUCUCGUACUGUAAAUGUAUCUGUUGGGACAUCGUUCCGACUAAGAUUAAGCUACAAAAUCUGUGUUGAAGGCCCAGUAAAAUGGAAAAAAAACGAGACAGUACUUUGUCCCGGUAAUGAGUACUUAAUGGCACAAGAUAAUUCACUAAUUCUACAAAACAUUCACAUUGGUCACCAAGGCCACUACCAGGCGGAAGACCGACACAACGCAGUAGUUUCACAAUACAUUGUUAACAUACGCAAAGGCAAGGAAGAUAUUGAGAAAGAUUGGAUGCUGAAGUUCCAAGAAUGGUGCGACUUAUUUGAGGAUUACAAAAGAGAACGUGACAAAUGGACAAACAACUGCCACACAGGCAAUGCUGAUAUCAACAGUAACACCAUCAAUGCCAUCCCGCAGAACAGAAACUGAAUUCCUUUAAAAAAAAAAAAUUAACAAAAAUUUUAAAUUAAAAAAAAAAUUUAA